UCAGUUCCAAACACAUCUUCUUCCCUCUCUCCAGUUUCUCCCAAUUCUACAUCAGAGUCGGGAACUGUUCUCUCAACUACUACAGAAUGUAGCAACAGCUCAAGCUCAGACACUGGUACUAUGAUUCUCAGCAACCGCAGCUCCAGUACCGAUUCCAUUGUUUCUGGUAUUGUGAAUAAUGUUGCAAAUUUAGAAGAACAGCUGUUAUCACCACAACAACUAUCACAGGAUUCUGUGUGCACAGCAGAAGGUUCCAUCUGUCCCCUAAUGGCAGAGAGGGAGAGACAAGACUUUUUAGAUCCUGGAGGAAGAAGUCUUUCGGAAGAACAUGAGGCACCACCACGCACUCACAGGCCUCUGUCACGGCAGGUCAGUCAUCCACCUCUGCCAUCGACACUGCAUGGACACCCAUCGCAGGACUUCAGACGAUGUGAGAGGUUUGUUGGAAUGUCGGCAACAGCUCGACCUUACAAUCGUCUUCUGUCUCGUGUGGUUGCUGCAGGUGCAUCAGACAUUCCCAUGUGCCCUCCGACUCCAACUCAUCAUGCACGCCCUCGUGCCAGUGAACCUAUGAUGAUUCCUCUGCAUGAAGACUCCACAGCAAGGGAUUAUCCACAAACAUCAGAUGAUACUCGUUUUGGCACUGCACGUGUUUCCUCACCCACACCAAUUCCAGGGCCGAGUUGUUCCCGAGAGUCUUCAGCAUCUACAUCAGCUGGGAAUGGUGAUCAGCUUUCAGAGAUGCCUGGAAUGUUUAUGCAUCAUCAGAGGCUAGGAGAGGGAUGUACAAUUUUGCCAUUACGCCACAUGUCUUCAACUCGUCUCCCUUCUAUUCCUGAGAGGUCUGCUAAGACACAGAGACUUGAAUUGUCUUCAGAAGAGGAACCUCUUCCACCUUACUGGGAAGCUCGUAUUGACAGUCACGGUCGGAUAUUCUAUAUUGACCAUGUGAACAGGACAACAACUUGGCAACGCCCCACAACGGGGUCAGCUUCCCGCAGCAGGCCUGUCAGUAAUGAGCUGCAGAGACAACAGUUGGACCGGAGGUAUCAGAGCAUUCGCAGGACCAUUACAUCAAGAAGGCCAGAAACGGAUGAGGCUGGUUGCAGCUCUGACAUGUCUCAGGCAGAAGCUGGUGCAAGCACUAGUGGUGGAACUCCACAUGUGACACCAGCAGAAGCAAUACAUCAAAUGCCUGCUGUCAAAUUCAUCACACGACCAGAUUUCUUCUCAAUACUGCACAUGAAUGCGGAGGCACUGGCCAUGUAUAAUCGAAACGGUUCCCUGAAGCACAUGAUUUCAAAGAUUCGAAGAGAUCCUCAUUCAUUUGAGAGAUACCAGCACAACCGUGAUCUUGUGAGCUUAGUCAACCUAUUUGCUGAUGUUGUGAGGGAUCUGCCACGUGGCUGGGAAACUAAGUUUGAUCGGAAUGGAAAGGCACCUAUUCCACCACCACGACCACCUGUGAGUUGCCUCUGUGGGCCAAACCUUGGCCUAAAUGCUGCAAGUAUCGCUCGUGUUAUGCCAACACCUGAAAUUCCAACUGCUUACAAUGAGAAAGUGGUAGCUUUCUUACGACAGCCAAACAUUGUUGACAUCCUGAAGGAGAGACAUCCAGCCAUGGGAACUUCACAAGCUUUGCGUGACAAAGUAAAUGCUGUUCGUGUUGAUGGCACACAAGCACUGGAUCGUUUAAGUGAUGACAUAGACCUCACCAUUCUACUCAGCCUGUUCGAGCAGGAGAUUAUGAGCUAUGUCCCAGCUGUGCCUGCAUCAACCAGAUCACCUCGAGGCUCUCCUCAGCUGUCACCACAGGCCUCACCAGGCCUUUCUAGAGCCAAUGCACGAGCCCCAGCACCUUACCGCCGGGAUUUUGAAGCAAAGCUGCGUAAUUUCUAUCGUAAACUAGAGUCCAAAGGAUACGGGCAAGGACCAGGAAAACUCAAGCUACACAUUCGUCGUGAGCAUCUACUUGAAGACGCAUUUAAUAAAAUAAUGGCUGCCUCCAAGAAAGAUUUGCAGAAGUGCAAGUUAUAUGUUACAUUUGAUCGGGAGGAAGGACUAGAUUAUGGGGGCCCAUCAAGAGAGUUCUUCUUCUUGCUUUCACGAGAAUUAUUCAAUCCCUAUUAUGGGUUGUUUGAAUAUUCUGCAAAUGAUACAUACACUGUGCAAGUGUCACCCAUGUCAGCAUUUGUUGACAAUCACCAUGAGUGGUUCCGUUUCAGUGGUCGAGUGUUAGGGCUGGCUUUGGUGCAUCAGUACCUCUUGGAUGCAUUCUUUACCCGGCCAUUUUACAAGGCUCUCUUGAGACUGCCAGUAUCCUUGAGUGAUCUUGAAUCACUGGAUGCAGAAUUUCAUCAGAGUCUUCUGUGGAUCAAGGAAAAUGAUAUCACUGGUGAUUUCCUGGAUCUUACUUUUGCUGUUACAGAGGAGGUUUUUGGUCAAGUAGUAGAACGUGAGCUAAAGCCUGGUGGCCGAAAUAUUAUUGUCACUGAAAAAAACAAGAAGGAGUAUCUCGAACGUAUCGUGCGUUGGAGGCUGGAGAGAGGAGUAGCUGAACAAACAGAAUCACUAGUCAGAGGUUUCUACGAAGUUGUAGACCCUCGCCUUGUGUCCGUUUUUGAUGCCCGUGAGUUGGAAUUAGUUAUUGCUGGAACUGCAGAAAUUGAUCUUGUUGACUGGAGGAAAAACACAGAAUACAGAUCAGGGUAUCAUGAUAACCAUCCAGUUAUGCAGUGGUUCUGGGCAGCAAUAGAGAGGUUUACAAAUGAACAGAGGUUGAGAUUAUUGCAGUUUGUGACAGGAACAUCUAGCAUUCCCUAUGAGGGAUUUGCUGCACUGAGGGGCAGUACUGGGCCACGGAAAUUUUGCAUUGAGAAGUGGGGAAAGCCAAACUCACUUCCAAGGGCUCACACGUGUUUUAACCGUCUGGACCUGCCACCAUACCCUACACCAGAAGUACUUUAUGAGAAGUUACUUCUGGCAGUUGAAGAGACAAACACAUUUGGUAUAGAAUGAAAUGUCAAAAUGUUAUAAAGUAGCACAUUGGUAGAAAUACAGCAAAUUGUGACCAAAGAAAGCUGCCGUAUGAGGGCUACUCAUCAGGACAGCAUGUGUGAUGAGUUGUGAAGUCUGUUUUGUUAUGCUGGAAACAGCAUAUUCAGCAGUGUACAUUGUUAACUAAAUUCUCAGGCAUAUUGAAUCAGCUGCAUUAGCUAUUGAGUUUUGCAUCUUUGUGUGUAAUUUAAGAUGUGCAGUUCAGGAAGAGUUCCCUUUAUGAGUUUUGUGGCAUUUAGUAUUUUAUUUUUCUGUAGAAUCGCCUGUUAUAUCACUUACAGUUACAGGUCAGAUAUACGAUGUUACAGCUAGUUACCAAAGCUGGAAGAGGUUAAAAGACUUAAUAGUGAUAUUUUAUCAACAUAAUUAAUAUUUGUGUAAAAUGAAACAAGUAUCUUGCCUGUUACAAUUCACUUGUGCAUUGACUGGUACUUUGCUUUUUGUAUGGGAGAUUUUAGCCAAGGGCUAUAGUUAAUCUAUUGUCAGUGAAAUGUGGCAAAUGAAAUACAGCAUGGUCAGUGAUCUGUUCCAUGUAAUGUGUACAUGAAAAUCAUUAAGAUAUUUUACAAGAGAAAUUUAUUUUGUAUUGUAAAUUUUUCCUCUGUUUGAAAUGUGAAAAAUAAGAAAUAUAUUAGCUUGCUUCCCCAUCAAUUCUCAGGUCCCAAAGUUUCGGACAAAGCUUGCUAUUUUACUAUGAGCAUGCACACAAAAAAUUUAUAUGUAUUGAUUUUUGAUCAGCAAAGAAAUUGCAAAUGUUCAUAUUAAACAUUUCUUUCAUAUAAAUGAAUACUUCUCUCUUGUUGUGAGUACUUUAAUUAUGAAUAUCCAGCUCUCUGCAUUGUCAUAGCAUAAAAAUUUAAAUACUUUGCUGCAAACAGUGUAAUAAUGCGGCAGUUAUUUUUAUAUCCAUAUUAAACAUAGACUGAGAUGUUUCUCAAUGUAAAGAUUUAUGCUGUAAGCAGUGGUAUGAAACUGUGAGACAGAAACACAACUACAAAACUUUAUCAGGAUACCUAAAUUAGUUGACUGCAGAUUUUUUAGUCUCCUUAGAUAAUGCUUCAUGUAGUUGAUUGCAUUAUCACUGAAUUUUCAUAUAAAGAUUUACUGCAUAAGUGCUGAGUAAUUUCAUAUAAAAUGAAUAUGUCACAUAGAGACUUUCAAAAAAUGUUUGUUGUACACUGAAAUUUUGCAGUUGUUGACAAGAGAUGUUAACAGCUCAAGAAUUGAAGCUAUCUCUGUCACCUUUGCUGAAUCAGCAAGACAUUUUGCUACGCAUUCCGGCCAACCAGUGCUUGCCUUGAAUAUAUAUUUAAAAAUUAAACAAAAUAAAUGACAUUAAAGUGUUUAGAAAACUAAAUUUAUGUUGCGUCCACAUAUUUUAUUCAGCACAGAUUUCUAAAUGGAACAGCUUUAAGUAUUCAUUUCAAAUAAGAGAGGUGCAUCAACAAGGGGCCAACAAUCUUGACAAAUUUGAGAUGGAAUACUUUGCAUGUUUCUUUCAAGUUACAGCUUUUGCAAAUAUGCUAAUACAUGUUUACUUGUAAUUAAUAUCAUCUGAAACAAAUAUUUUUGAAUUAACUGGUAUUAUUUUUACUUUCAACCUCAUUUGAUUUCUGCUUUAUAUGCUACUCGUUUUUAGUAUUAAAAGAAACUACAAUAAAUUCUUGUCAUUCCAGUUCUGUAAUUAUUGAAUUUCUUGAGCUUUAUACAAAAUGUAGACAUACUGAGUUUGUCUAUUUACAAGCUUGCAAUACAUGUUUUACAUAAUGUAUGCUUUCAGAAUUUUGUUAGGUUUGUUUGUUUAUGCAGUAAUUCACAAUAUUAAAGAACACAAAUUAUUUGUGCCUGAAGAUUAUCAUGUUCCAACAAAUAUAAUAAUAUACCAAUUUCUUUGGUGCAGCUAAAUUCAUUAGUAGCUGCACUUCUAAGUGUCUUUAUUGGGAUUGCUCAAAAUUUAAAUACAGUAGUAUUUGCAUGUAGUACUAAAUCAGCUAUAAUUCCUAGUCAAUUACACUCUCAUACAGCACAUUAUGAUUGCUUCAAAGCAAAAUAUUGUAUUCAAGCAAUAUAAUAUUUAUCUUCCUCAUAAAUACGUUUAUUUGUUUCAUUAUUUGAUGAUACUACAUUGAAUGCUGCUCCUUUUUGUUCUUUUAUUAUUUUUAUUCCUAGCUCACCUGGCAACUGUAGAAAUAAACUUCUUUUUGCCAUACAGAGGUUAGACAUUUCUGUUUCAUUAUGAUUAGAGAAGGGAGGUUUUGAAAUUCUCUUCAUGGCUACAUACAAUUGUACCAUAUUAUUCACCAAACCAUUUCUUGAAACUUGAAUCUCUGUGUCACAACAUAUGAUUUCAACAAACCUGGCAAAAUUCUGAGGCUGUAUAUACUUCAGUAUUACUGCACUCACACACUAGUUGCUAUGUCCUCUAAAGAGGCUUUGAAAAUAUAACAGCACAUUUUUGAUGUCCAUUAUAUGAUUACAUGCACUGAAACUGCAUGCAGCACUGUGAAUUUUUAAGCAUUUUUCAACAUGCUAAGAAUUAUACAGUCUCACAAUAUUAUUGUUGUUGUUGUUGUUACUGUUAUAAAUGUAUGUGGCUAGUUCAGUAUAUACUGUAGGGUAUGUGUGGUGUCAUUCUGUCAUUUUUGUUUUAUUUAUACAUAUGUCUUUGAUUUUAUACUUUUGGGACAUGAAAGAAAUUUUCCUUUUAGAAUCACUAUUAUCCACUUACUGUUGUAUAGAUAGAGGAAAGCAAAACUUUGUAGUAUGCUUUUGACAAUUCAUUUAAAAUUAGUCUAAUUUUCAAAAAUUUAAUAUUUAAAAAAAUUAUCUUGAGGACGUGCUGUUUGUGUUCAUAAGUAUUUAGACUGGUAAGCCGCACUAUAAUUCAAAGGCUCUGAAAUUGAUAUUUUCAUAAAACAAGCUGUGUGUAUGAUCAAGAAUAUUGUGUUGUAAUCACCUAGGGGAAGUACAGGUAUAUUGGUCUUAGAAUGACAGAACUGUUUCAUAAGCAGCAGGAAUGGACAUAGUAUUUACAAACUUACAGCUUAAACAAAGAAGUGAUGUGAAAAUUUUAUUGGUUGUUAUUCUUGUGCAAGGUUUGUGUGUUUAUUUGUAAAUCACAGAGCAAUAUGAUUGUGUGACAAAUGGUUAUUUUCAGGGAAACCUAAUAUCAGCAGUCUAAAAACAAUUCUAGUUUACUCGAAAGUGUUUAAUGCAAUGCUUUUUACGUCUUGUUUAAUCUGCUUUGUUCUUUUGUACAAAACUUGGUGGCUGAAUUAUUCUUCCAUUUAUCACUUGACAUUGUUCCUAAUUUGUUGCUUCUCUUAAUGCCUAUCAUUUUUUCUCCACAUUUAUUUGAGAAAUGUUCUCUUGUGAGAAGAUGUGAUGUAAUGUGACAAAAUGUGGAAAAUGUGUGUGAAGAGAUUGUGAAUAGGCUUAAUUAAUGUGAUCAUCCUUCAGUACUAGUCAAGUAAGAUUAUUUAUACUUAAUAUAGUUAUAUAUACAUAUAUGAGCAUGUGUGUAUGUGUGUAUUGUUUGUGUCAAAUAUGUAAAUCUUUCGUGUACAGUCUAUGUAGAUAAUUCAUUUCUUGCUGUGCAACUGUAUGCACACUCACCAUGUUGCGUAGUAGCAUGUUAUUAUUUAUUUCAUUCAUUGUUUACAGUCAUGGCCAGAUAUAACUUUUUUUGAAAUAUUAAAUGCUGUUACUGAA